AAAAAGCAAGCGUCUGAGCAGAUAGAGCGCAGUCACCGUUUGAUAUCACCUGCUUGAACAAUCAGCCUGGGAGGAUGAAGUACUUGGUUAUCGUAUUGCUGGCAGCUUUGGCCUCGGCCGCUCCUCAACUUGGACUUGGAGGUCUUGGAGGAGGAGGAGGAGGAGGAGACCAAGGGGGAGCUGGCUACGGUGGUGGCCUUGGAGAAGGACUUGGAGGAUCUGGACUUGGGGAAGGCCUUGGAGGAGGAGGCUACGAUGGCAAUCUUGGAGGAGGUGGACUUGGUGGAGGACUUGGCCAAGGACUAGGAGGCCUUGGAGGUGGAUUGGGAGGAUAUGGAAAUGGGCUUGAUGGAGCUGGACUUGGAGGAGGGCUUGGCCAAGGAUUAGGAGGACUUGGUGGUAAUGGACUUGGCCAAGGAUUAGGAGGUCUUGGAGGAGGACUUGGGCAAGGAGGACUUGGCCAAGGAUAUGGAGGUCUUGGAGAUGGACUUGGAGGAGGACUUGGACAAGGACUAGGAGGUCUUGGAGGAGGACUUGGGCAAGGAGGACUUGGCCAAGGAUAUGGAGGUCUUGGUGAUGGACUUGGAGGAGGACUUGGGCAAGGAGGACUUGGCCAAGGACUAGGAGGACUUGGGCAAGGAGGACUUGGCCAAGGACUAGGAGGUCUUGGAGGAGGACUUGGCCAAGGAUAUGGAGGUCUUGGAGAUGGACUUGGAGGAGGACUUGGCCAAGGAUUAGGAGGGCUUGGAGGACUUGGGCAAGGAGGACUUGGCCAAGGACUAGGAGGACUUGGAGGAGGACUCGGCCAAGGAGGACUUGGCCAAGGACUAGGAGGACUUGGAGGAGGACUUGGCCAAGGACUAGGAGGACUUGGAGGAGGACUUGGCCAAGGACUAGGAGGUCUUGGAGGAGGACUUGGCCAAGGACUAGGAGGUCUUGGAGGAGGACUUGGCCAAGGAGGACUUGGCCAAGGAGGACUUGGCCAAGGAUUAGGAGGUCUUGGAGGAGGACUUGGCCAAGGAGGACUUGGCCAAGGACUAGGAGGUCUUGGAGGAGGACUUGGCCAAGGAGGACUUGGCCAAGGACUAGGAGGUCUUGGAGGAGGACUUGGCCAAGGAGGACUUGGCCAAGGACUAGGAGGUCUUGGAGGAGGACUUGGCCAAGGAGGACUUGGCCAAGGACUAGGAGGUCUUGGAGGUGACGGUUAUGGCUUUGGUCGUUAACAAUGACUCAAACCUGGGCUUAAAAUGUUAAAGCAAAGCUAAUCAAAAUGUGAAGUUCUUGGACACCCGACAGGAUUUUCUCUAUGGAUCAAAUGCUACUAUUUUCUUAGUUUUUUAUAUAGAACGCAUAACUUGUUACAGAGACUAUUUUAUUUUAUUUUAUGUAUAUGAUAAUAUAUAUAAAUAUUCGAAUGCAUAAUGUUACAAUUCCUUUACAGAUUUACUAUGACGAGACCAUUCUCACUGCUUGUGAUAUUUUUUAUCUUCUUGACUACAUCUAAUUAAACUACCUCCUAUAACUAAUGCUAGUCUACAGGAAUUGUAAUAUUAUUUAUGAAGAAUAAAUCAGAAUUUGCA